AUGGUUGCUUUUGAUGGAGGAAAGAGAAAUUUCGAAUAUUACAUCUCAACUUUCUCAUGGAUUCUCUCGUCCUAAUUCUACUAUAUCAAUUGAGUUUAACAUUAUAAUCUGUUGUUGCAUAUGCCCAAUUGGCUAUGCAGAUGAAACUAUUUAAGAAUGAGGAUUUUAUUUAAAUUUUUUUAUCACCAGACCUGAAUGCCUAUCUGACAUAAUUAUUACCAGUGACUGAUUCAAGGUUCAUUCUUUGCAUCCUCUUAAAUAAUCCCACAUAGUUCACAUUUUACCCAGGAAAAGGAAGCGAAAAAGGAAGCUUUUAGGAAGUAUCUAGAAUCUAGUGGAGUACUUGAUGCUCUUACUAAAGGUUUCUCUUCAUCAUCCUCUUUUCUUGUACAACUGGCCAAUAAUUUUAAUGCUUCUAACCUUGAAGCAAGUUUGACGUGCUUUCUGUGUCGCUCGUCUUUCUUUGUAGCGCUUGUCGCUCUGUACGAGGAGAACAACAGACCAUCAUCUGCUACGGAGUAAGUUCUUCCUUUUGUUCAGAACUGAAGAACUUAGUAUUCUAUUUUAAAUACGACUAGCAUGUCUUCUUGUUUAAGUUGGAUACAACUUACUUGGAAUAAAUUAAUUUCUAAGUCAUCCUACUGCCUGUACAUUCCAGAAAGCUUCCCUGUCUGAAACAUCAGCAUCAAACCCCAAACUAAAAAGGAAAACCAGAUUUGUAUUUCUCAGAAUACUUCUUUCUAACAAAGAAGAACCUGGUGCUAUAUUCCUGCGCAAAUCUCAAUCCCCAAGGAUCCAUUAAAAAUAUAAGCCGUCUCCAUGGUUGAUAAAUUCUUCUACUUUCUUCUCUUCCUGGAAUCAUCUCCUAACAAGGUAAUUCCAAAAGGACUGCUGGAUCAUGUUCUCUUGUAAGCGGCCGAUCUUGUCUCUGCUGUAUGAAUAGGUCCUGAUGGAGAUUCUCCUUGAACUGAAAAUUCCAAGUUGUCGCCAUCCUGGUUCGAUUGGGUCUACCAAAUUUUCUUUAAUGCAAGUCAACUAACUCCAUGGUGAUCUGUUGACCCUGAUGAAGAUCACAUUGUACCUGACUGAUCUGGUUUUUUUCAAUCCUUGGAAAUCUUUGGGAGCCCAAUUUCCUUGUUACUCUUCCUAAAUCAUUUUCUAUGGUAUCGUCCUCAAUGAAUAGAAGCAAAUAGAGGAAGAUGCCGGUGAGUUUAUGGGACUUCUAAAGUCAGCGUACGAGGAAAUAGCAAGCUUCAUGGCUAGAACAUUGAAAUAAUUUCAAAAAGAUUGUGAUAACUUUUUCAUCUACUGUCUUUUUCUAUAAUUUUCUCUGAAUGAAACCUUCACUCGCGAGGUAAUCUCCAUCAAAAGUGAAUAAAUGAAAGGUUCCUACGAUCAUGUUCUCUUUCCCACUAUUGGCCACGUACCAACUGUGUCUCAAAAAUUAGAAAUUAUCUAAUAAAAUCAUUAUUUUUUUGAUAAAACAUUUAACCCUUUUACCACCAGCCACGAGCUAUGGUUAUUUUUUGAAUUUCUUCUUUGAGCGCUGAUGCAACCCAGUAAUUUCUUCUUUAAGAUUUGUCUUCCUUCGACGACUCCUGUGACUUUUAUUGGGAGACUAAACUCUGCGGCGUUGCCAGGUUCAUUCAACAGAAACUGGGAGGCCCGAGCAUUGCUGAGUAUGAAAAACUCCGGGCGGAGAAAUCGGACCUGCAGAUCAAGUAUGAGCAGCUUUUGCAUGCUCACAGAAGCACACGCGAGGAGGUAAUCUCUGACAAAAAUACAUUUCCCGUAUGAGUGAGAAACCCUCUCUCUCUCUCUCUCUCUCUCUCUCUCUCUUCUCUGGGAGGAGCUGAUUGGGGUCGGCGUAAUUGGGAUGUAGGAUAUACGAACUAUCUAUAAAUGUAGUAUAGGCCAGUAACUUGGGUUAUUUCCUUCUUCCGUGGUAGCUCGAAGAACUCAAGCGCCGGGGGGAGCCGUUGCUGCCCGCAACCGAGGGAGACGCAUGGAGAGGGCACUCCUCUCAGGAGCCCUAG